AUGGAGAUGAUUUAACUAAUAACCAACAGAACUUAAAUUUAACAUAUUACCUCGUUCCCUCUACUAUUUGUCUAAACUUUUUGCCUUUCCUUCCCAUAUUUUCUCUCUCUAAGCUCUCUCUCUCUAGUCCCGAGCACCAACAAGCUUGGUAUCAACGACCACCCCUUUGAGUCAGCUACCCAUUAAAGUUUUUUUCCCUUUUUUUUUUGUGUCGGUGGCUGGUUAACUCGAGAUUUAGCUAAAAGAUCUGAGAGAAACACACAGAUCUUUGUUGUUUAUUGUUUGAACACAUAUAUAUACACCUUUGAUUUCUGGGUUUUUGUUGGAUUUGUGAUGGGUUGGAAAUAUAAGGCUGGUUUGUUCCUAAUUGCUGCUGUUGUUAUCAUUUGGGUCACCUCUGCUGAAGUUACCCAGGGUAUUUAUACAAACUAUAAGCAGCCAUUUGCAGUGACGUAUCUUGGAGCUUCUCUAAUGGUGGUCUAUCUUCCAAUAGCAUUCAUUAAGGAUUGGAUAUGUAAUUCACUAAGAAAAUGCUCUGGUAAAAGUGCAGCAAUGGGUGAUGAGUCAUCUGCUGGACUUAACUCUCCUUUAAAAUACAUUGGGGGGCAUAAAAUCUUUGAAACGGAACUUCAAGGGAAUUUGAAUAGAAAAGACAGUGAAGCAGAUCUUUCUGCUCAGGAAGAGGGAAAGCUGUUGCUUCCUAAUCGCAAAGAUGAUACCGACAUGCUAAAACAAGAUAAGGAGCUUACGACCAGGGAGAUUGCUACUUAUGGAUUUUACAUUGCCCCUAUCUGGUUUAUUACGGAGUAUUUAUCAAAUGCCGCACUUGCGCGAACAAGUGUUGCAAGUACAACAGUAUUGUCCUCAACUUCAGGACUGUUUACUCUUUUCAUUGGUGCAUUUCUUGGACAAGAUUCUUUGAAUGUAUCAAAGGUAGUUGCUGUCUUUGUCAGCAUGGCUGGUGUUGCCAUGACAACUCUUGGGAAAACUUGGGCCACAGAUGAGUCACAAUCAAAUGAUUCUUCAAAUGGGAAACACUCUCUUGUUGGAGAUCUUUUUGGCCUUUGCUCAGCCGUGUCAUAUGGUCUAUUUACUGUACUUCUAAAGAAGUUUGCUGGUGAGGAAGGAGAAAGAGUUGAUGUGCAAAAGUUGUUUGGAUAUAUGGGAUUGUUUACACUCGUAGCAUUAUGGUGGCUUGUGUUGCCGUUAACAGCAUUAGGAAUUGAACCCAAGUUUACAAUUCCUCACUCUGCAAAAAUGGAUGAAGUUGUCAUUGCCAAUGGCUUUGUUGGCAGUGUCCUUUCUGACUACUUCUGGGCAUUAUGUGUCGUUUGGACAACUCCACUGGUGGCCACCUUGGGCAUGUCUCUCACCAUCCCACUUGCUAUGGUGGCCGAUAUGAUGAUUCAUGGCCGUCAUUACUCAGCCAUCUACAUUCUCGGUUCAGCUCAGGUAUUUGCAGGAUUUGUCAUAGCUAAUCUUUCUGAUUGGUUCUCGAAAAAGUUGGGAUUAUAGCAUUUAAUUAAAUCCUAUUGCUUGCUUGGUAAUCUUAAUUCUUUCUUGGGGGCCAUAAACUCCAUCAUUGUUGAUUUGAAGCCAACAAACUGAAGUAAUGUUUGAGAAAAAUUCUCUCUUGGGUGGGUUGGCAUUUGCAAAGAGGAGAGAAGACAUAAUGCAAUGUUGUUGUAUAACUAUUUGUGCAAAUGAAAUUUGUAGUAGUGAUGUUAUUUGUCAAUACGGUCAUGUUUUGAUUAUUUGGCCUUGAAUGAAAUACACAUUUUAGCUUCACGUA